GUAGUGUUACUCCUUUAAAACAAAGCAAAAUAAAUAGUUAGAAGAAGAAGUUUCCACUAAAAACAGUUACAAGUCAUAGAUAAAGUGAUAAAAAGUGUUCGAAAUAAUAGUUUGGUGCGAAAAGCCGAUUAUAAAAGCAUAUUUCGGGACAAAAAACGGGCGGAUAUUUAGAGGUUACGAUUUAAGCAGAGACAAGUAGUGACAGUUAACGUCCUACUGUCAUCAUAGUGUUGCCAGUGUGCAGAGUCAAUAUCCUACUAAAACUACGUUCCAUUCUACGCACAUCAAAAACAUGGAAGCGCAAUUUGAACUCUAUUUUGCAAAUAUGCAAAAAGAAAUGCAGAACCAAACCGAAUUAAUCACAAACCGAAUAACUGAAAAAAUAGAUGAGAAACUAAAACCUUUUAUAGAAGAAAAUGAAAAAUUAACUAAGAAGGUGGACUUACUCGAGAAAAAAAUAGAAUUUAUGGAAAACGAAAAGAAAAGCAACAAUAUAAUAAUACACGGGCUGAAUGAAGGGGAGAAAUCUAUGAUAGAACUUAUCAAAAAGGUGCAAGAACAAUUCCUGACUGAACUCAACAUAUCCAUUGAAGCUCCUGAGAUAAAUAAAAUUUACCGCAUUGGAAAGGAAAAAACUAGCGAGAAACCAAGACCUACGGUUCUGUCCUUUGUAAACAGAUGGAAAAAGGCAGAAGUACUAAGAAACAAGAACAAGUCUAAAGUUUUACAACUUGCAGAAGAUUACUCCAAAGCGGUUUUAGAAAAAAGGAAGGCAUUAAUACCUCAAUUAGUUGAAGAAAGGAACAAGGGAAAGGUGGCUUAUAUAAAAUACGACAAGUUAAUAAUCAAAGAAAACCCAGACAUGAGAGAAAACAGAAAAAGAGAGCUGUCUAUUUCCCCUUCAAGCAACUCUCAAUCGAAGAAACAACAGACUGCUACCUCGUCAUCGUCACUACAGAAUAAAACAAAUGCCUUUGAUCUGAUGAGAGCCAGAUCGAACUCAAACUCCUGUGAAUAUGCGAGGCAGCGGUCAGCAAACGGACAGGAUGAAACAUCAUAGCAACCAAAGCAACAAACAACCAAAGUAUCAGGUCCCAACCCGGCUGGUCCCCGUGGGACGUCAGACCAACACCCUCCAACCAAGGAAACAGACUUAACAACAGCCAAGGUACACAUUCCAAAUAGUAAACAACCAUCACAGAAUAAAACAAAAAACAAAAGAGGCGACUUUAAACCUAAUGAACUGAAAAUCUGUACUUAUAAUGUAAGAUCACUAUCUUCACCGGAACGGCUACUACAAUUAACCUAUGCCCUUAAUAAAAUUAAAUUUGACAUAUUGGGUCUCAGUGAAGUACGGAAACUAGGUUGCCAAAUCGAAGAACACCAAGAAUACAUACUUUGCUACAAAGGAGAAACGAAAGGGCUCCAUGGAGUGGGUUUCCUUAUCAAAAAGACCCUCUUACAAAAUAUUGUUAGUUAUAGUGGAAUAUCAGAACGAGUUGCGGUUCUAAAACUCAAAUUUGGAGAGGUCCCUAUAACAAUAAUACAGACCUAUGCACCCACUGAAUCAGCAAACGAAGAUGAGGUUAAUACAUUCUAUGGUGACCUAAGAAGAGCUCAUGAAAAUCAAGACAAAAUAGUAAUAGUCAUGGGGGACUUUAAUGCAAAGAUAGGCCAACCCAAAAAACAUGAAAACCUAGUAAUGGGUAGAUAUGGAUACGGAACAAGAAAUGAAAGAGGAGAAAGACUCGUCCAAUAUGCUUGUGAACAAAAACUGUCUCUAAUGAACACCUUCUUCAAGAAGAAACCUAACUGUAAGUGGACGUGGAUAUCUCCUAAUCAAAAAAUUAAGAACGAAAUAGAUUUUAUUAUGUGCAACAUACCCAAAAAUAUAAAAAACAUAGAAGUCUUGAACAAGUUCUCAUUUCCAUCCGACCACAGAUUAGUGAGAUGUACCUUCACAAUGAAUUGUCCUAAAUUAAAUAGAAAAAACUUUACUUCUGUACCCAAAGCACCUGAAACAGACAAACAAAAAUCUACAUUCAUAGAAACAUUAAGAGAAAUUUUAACUAAAGAGUUAGACCUUACAAAAUGUGACAAUAACAGCCAAACUUUCUAUAAUAAAUUGGAAUAUGCUAUGGUAAGGAGUCUUAAGAUUGCAAAAUCUAUUCAGGACAGCCAAAAGACAAGAGGAAUUUUACAGGAAUCAACUAUAGACUUAAUAAACAGAAGAACAGAACUAAUAGCGACCAAAACCAAAACAAGCAAUAUGAAACAGGAACUAAAACACCUAUUUAAAAUAACUAACAAGGCAAUUAAACAGGACUAUAACAAUCACAGAAAAACUGUCAUAGAGAAAAACUUAAAUAAAUUCAGAAGCUGUAAAAGAGCAUAUAAAGAAUUAAGUACACACAAAGACUGGAUUGAUAAACUAAAAAAUGGCCAAAAGGAAACCAAGACAAGAAAAGAGAUUAUAGAUCAUGCCACAUCCUUUUAUGAAGAGCUUUACAAGAAGCCAGAUAAUAAUGACGAGAAUGAAUCCACAAAAGACCUCAACCUGGAUCCAAUUGAGCCAAUAAAGGAGAAGGAAAUCCUCAGACAUAUAAAGAACUUAAAAUCUGAGAAAUGUCCGGGUCCGGACAACAUAAGUAAUGAAGCCAUAAAAAUUGGAGCCCAGACUCUCAUUCCUUACUUAGAAAAACUGUUUAACAUGGUCCUUGAAACUGGAACAGCCCCUAAACAGUGGUGCUCCUCGGAAAUCAUACUUCUUUACAAAAAAGGCGACCCUGCAGACAUCGGGAACUACAGGCCAAUAAGUCUACUGUCCAGCGUCUACAAACUGUUUACUUCCGUAAUACUAACCCGAUUAACACCAACUAUUGACAACAACCAACCAAUCGAACAAGCAGGCUUCCGCUCCGGUUUUUCCACUAUAGACCACAUCCACUCUCUGGAACAGAUACUUGAAAAAUGUAAAGAGUUCAACCACCCGUUAUAUAUUGGUUUUGUGGACUAUACAAAGGCAUUUGAUAGUAUAACUCACAGCUCCAUUUGGAAAGCACUUCUAUCAAACAGAAUAAACAAGGUCUAUAUAAACAUUAUUAUGAACAUCUAUUCACAAAGUACAAGCCGAGUAAAACUAGAAAGCAAAGGGCAUGAGAUAAUCAUUGGACGGGGCGUCAGACAAGGUGAUCCUCUGUCUCCAAAACUGUUCAUAGCUGUACUGCAAGGAGUAUUUGAGAAAAUCAACUGGACUAACAGGGGAAUCAGAAUUAAAAACUGUCACCUAAGUCACCUCAGAUUUGCAGAUGAUAUUGCUAUCUUCGCCGAAUCAGCUACUGAGCUAGAACAAAUGCUACAGACCUUGGAUACUCAAAGCAAAUUAGUAGGACUACAAAUGAACGCCAAAAAAACCAAAGUAAUGACAAAUUAUAGUAAAAGAAAGCAGAUACACGUAUCAGGUAACCCCAUAGAAUAUGUCAAUGAGUAUAUAUAUCUGGGAAAACGAGUAUCCUUUAACGCAGACAGCAACGAGGAGGAAAUAGACAGAAGGGUCAACUGCAGUUGGAAAAAAUUCUGGGCACUAAAAGAAAUUUUGAAAGGGGAUUACCACUUAAAACUAAAGAAAACUGUAAUGGAUAUAUGCAUUUUGCCCAGCCUAACUUAUGGAAGCCAAACAUGGACUUUCACCAACAAAAUAAAACAUAAAAUUGCAGUUUGUCAGCGCUCGAUGGAAAGAAGUCUAUUACAUUUAAGAAAAAUACACAAAGUAAGAAACGAAGAUAUAAGAAAGAGAACCAAACUCACAGAUUCCCUUCAGCAUGCACUGAGACUCAAAUGGAAAUGGGCAGGUCAUAUUGCUAGACUUAACGAUAAAAGAUGGACACUUAAAACAACAACAUGGUCAGGGCCUAUAGCACAAGGAAAAAGAAAAUCAGGCAAGCCACGAAGGCGUUGGGCAGAAGACAUUUAUAAGGUCGCAGGUGCAAGCUGGAUGGAGUCAGCCAAAGACCGUGAAAAAUGGCAUAAGUUGGAGGAGGCUUUUACCCAAACGGGGUCCAUAUAAAUCUAUCAUUCAUGUUUUUAAAAUAUAAUAUAUAUAACUGUUCAAAAUAUGGAAUAAAUAAAGCUUUAAUAAUAAUAA